AUUGUUGAACGCCAACGGUGGCACAUUUAGACAGCCGUAACUGCGAAACAGUGAGACACCUCUUUGCCGUCGCAUACAUUUGGGGACACUCUCGACACGACUGCGAAGGUUCAAUGGAGCAACGAGGACCCUUCUACCAAAUAAUAGAUGGAGUGCCCAGAUGUCCAAACGUCGACCCGGUCUUGGUGAAGAAAGCCCUGAAUUUCAAGGCCUCCAAGGGAGAUCUGGUGCAGUGGUCAUAUCCCAAAAGCGGGACGCACUGGGUACAAUACAUAAUCCAGCUAAUUCUUAAAGAAGGAGAAGGCGUGGAGAAUUACGACCAGUUCACCAAGAACACCCGGCCGAUGGAAUACGUUGGCGUCGACGACUGGAGACCAGCGUUGGCGUUGCGAUGCCUCGCCACACAUCUCCCACCGCAACCUGAGUUGAUAAGCGACGAUGCCAAGUACGUGUACGUGGCAAGAAAUCCUUGGGAUGUGUGUGUGUCGUUGUUCCACAUGGUCACCAACCUCAGUGUCUACCGUUUCGAGGACGGCACGUUCGACGAGUUCUUCGAGUACUUCUUGAACAAGGACUUCGGCUACGGCUCCUAUUUUGACCACGUAGCCACGGGCUACGCAUUGAGAGACAGGCCCAACGUGCUCUUCCUCACUUACGAGCAGCUAAAAAGAGAGACUCGCGAAACAGUGCUAAAGCUGGCGCGCUUUCUUGGCGAUCGCCAUGGAAGGCUUAUCGAAGAUGACGAAAACGGCUUGCUUGACCAAAUCCUGGAACAGUCUUCACCCAGCCGCAUGAAAAGUGUCGUUGUGAUGAACUUGCGCAGCCAGGAGUGGGAGGUCAUGAUGACCAGAAACAACAUGACCUGCAAGAAUGGUUACGACGGGGACUGCAAAAAAUAUGGUAUUGUGAGGAAUGCUCAAAUUGGUGAUUGGAAGAACUACUUCAAGCCUGACCAACUUCAGCGCCUCGAGGCAAAGAUUAGAGCUGAAGGGGAGAAAGCUUCGUUUAUGAAUUUGUGGGCAGACAUUCGGAAGGAAGCGCUUGAAGUAGCUUGUUCGUAAGCGAACAAAAAAUGGCCUAGCGCUGUCAAGGACAAAACAGCACAAUACAAUACACAGAACAGGAAACCCUGUGUCCUACGUAUUGUGCCGUUUUAUGCGUGACAAUGCUACACCAACUCGACUGCACUUUUACAUUUCGUGUCGCUCGUUUUCGGUUGGAUACGUCAAUAUACAAAGUCCUUCAUCUUGAUCAAACCAACAUUUGCGAGAAUAGAACUUUGAGAACAGAAAUGAACGAACGCGGCUCUUUAUUUUGAACAAGAUCUAUCGGUGCUGUUAGUUUAAAUGUCCGGUUGUUCCUAAGAGGGCGGUUGAGGCUCGAUUUUUUAAUGCUCGCUCAUGUUCACUUCGUGUUUUGCAGCGGGUGCUCUUGUCGAGCUGUCGUGGCUAUAUAUGCAUGUUAUUCAAAAUAAAAUUUCAGUUGGAAGUCAGCGCUUGUCUUUCGAGACUCUUGCUGUCCCUUUGUCUAUGUAUGCGCUGUAAAGUCAAGUUUGCAAGGGUAAUCACGCCCAACCGACGAGCCCAAAUUUGCACCUUGCUUCUCUAGAGACAUGCACCACGAGUGCUCUUUGAAUGUCUUUAACACCGCAAUUUAGCAGUAGCAGAGAACGCUGGUCGUAAAUUAACAAAUUAACCGCCAGCGGGAAUUGCCCCUCGAAAUAGUUGUGACGAUGACGGCCGUGUGUGCGUUAGCGUUCUUGAGAGUGUCUAAAUAAGUGCACGAAAGGAACAACUGUGAAAUGAGGUACUGGGCUAUAGCUGCACUUACUUUCCACUUACUGGCAUUGCCGCUUACUGGCAUAGUAAGCGGUCCGGCUCCCUCGCACAACCGCGCAAACUUGCGCCCACUAUUUUCAACGUAUCAAGGAUAAGUGAAUGGGUGCACACUUGAAUCAAUGCGCCGAAGCAAGACUGGCGUAGAUUACACGGACAGCAGACAAAUGUUCGAAGCUGCACGUUGGACGUUUCGCAACGGUUCACAGAGUAAGCAAGUGACUAGCGAUAAUACAUAUUUGCUACAUGCUAUCACAAAAUACAGAACAUCUGCUUUCGAAGGCUUGAGCGCGGCAAGCACAAAUCUAUCGCAACGGAGGGAAACCGCGUGCGAUUAGUCGGAAAAUAAACAAUCAGAUAGUGACCGCACCGAGGAGCAUUACUAUGACAGAAUCAUGACAAGCUGCUCCUUCGAAGUGUUUGCCAAAUAGAAAAACAAAGUGAAAAACAUGGUGAUGGUGAUUUCUUUCAUAAGGAGAAAAUGUGGACAGCUUAGAAUGCAUUUCUGGCUCCGCUUUUAGUACAAGAACCGUAAACGUUGCCCGUGCCGUGUGGACAAGCUCUGAAAGCGCCCUGUGGUGAAAGGUUCGUGUCGUCCACACAGUCAUCGUGUACAAUAUCCGACAAAACAGAGGUAUGUUGAGCCGCAGAGGCAUCAUGUGCAUGCAUUGUAAACAAGAAGGUGACGGAGGCAGCUGAGGCAAGCAGUGGACGGGCUACCGCAUGAUGAAACAUGGUGACGCCUACGGGACUGUCGUGUAAAGGUGCUAUAUAUAAAAAAGUGGAAAUGGCUUAAAAAACGUUAUUUUUUCGCACACGUGUAUUUCUUUUUUUUUAAUUUGGAAAACAAUACACCAAAAUAAAUUCAAUAAUUAGAGGUCAUAUG